GUGCUCAGCUGGCACCAGCUUUGGCUCUUCCAGUUAUUGCUCACGCGUCCCCCACCCUUCUCCAUAACCUCACUAGUAAUAAUCCCUCCCUUCUUUAUCUCUACAACCAUUUCCUCCCUCCUAUAUAUACCUCCUCCCUCAAGAGUACCUUUCCCUCAUAGCAAUCACAGUCUCUCUCUCUCUCUCUCUCUCUUUCUUUCUCUCUCUCUCUAAAAAUGGCUGUUUCUAGUAUUGGGUUUUCUGGGUGUGUAUUGGUUGGUCUGGUGGUGGUGGUCAUGAGUUCUUUAGUAGUUGCCACCUCUGCUGGUAACUUCUACCAAGACUUUGAUUUAACAUGGGGAGAUAACCGUGCCAAGGUAUUCAAGGGAGGACAGCUUCUGUCUCUCUCUCUAGACAGGGUCUCUGGCUCUGGCUUCCGCUCUAAGAAUGAAUACCUCUUUGGGAGGAUUGAUAUGCAGCUCAAACUUGUUGCCGGCAACUCUGCUGGCACUGUUACUGCAUACUAUUUGUCUUCUCAGGGGCCAACUCAUGAUGAAAUCGACUUUGAAUUCUUGGGAAAUCUUAGUGGUGAUCCUUAUAUUGUGCACACCAAUGUAUUCACUCAAGGCAAGGGAAACAGGGAGCAGCAGUUCCAUCUUUGGUUCGACCCCACCAGAAACUUUCACACUUACUCCAUUAUAUGGAAACCCCAACAUAUAAUCUUCUUGGUCGAUAACACUCCAUUGAGAGUAUUCAAGAAUGCAGAAUCGAUUGGCGUUCCUUUCCCAAAGAGCCAACCCAUGAAGAUUUACUCUAGCCUUUGGAACGCAGACGACUGGGCCACGAGAGGGGGAUUGGUGAAAACUGACUGGACGAAGGCUCCCUUCACAGCUUACUACCGGAACUUUAAGGUUACAGCAUUCAAGAGUACAAGCUCUCAAUCGGAUUCUGCAUGGCAGACGAACGAGCUUGAUGCCCCAGGCCGAAGAAGACUGAGAUGGGUGCAGAAAUACUUCAUGAUUUACAACUACUGCACUGAUUUAAAACGCUUCCCGCAGGGUUUUCCUCCUGAGUGCAGCUCGCGAUCGAGGUUUCUGUAAAAGAAAAAAGCUGAUAGAAUCGGUCGAGUUUGAAUGGAGUCUGUAUAAUAUAUAUAUAUAGUUCAUGCGUGUUGGUGGGUCGAGAUUCUAUACAUGAACUACUUCUGGCCUCUUGAUCGACCUACACUUGUCACUUGAGCUUGAGAAUGAUCUGGAACCAUGCAGCAAAUAAGUUAAAUUCUUUUGUGUCUUGUUUGUUAAGAGGGGACUCACUUGAUGACUCCUUACUCUGUUCAGCCGCCCUGUAAAUUUUAUCGCUUUUCUUCAAAUAAUAAAUUUACUACUAU